UGUUCUCCAACUCACUGCACAGAACUGCAUGCAACGAAGCAAUGGCUCAACAAGAAUACAAACUACUCGGUGAUACUCUUCUCGAGUACAAAGGGAAUGUUUUUCUUUUGGACAAAGUCCAUUCAAAGGAAUUUAUUGAAGAUUUGCCGCAAUUCGAAGUCAGAGAUGAUGACGUUUACCUUGUGACUUUCCCCAAAUCAGGGACCGCAUGGGCCCAGAGAAUCAUCACCCUGAUCUUUGAGGAGGACUUCCCCGAGCUGAAGGACGCCCCCACCUUUAGGUGGAUGCCCUGGUUAGAGUACCAGCCCAAAGGCACGCCCACCUAUGCCACGCGCCGCUCCCCACGUCUCUUCUGCUCCCACCUGCAGGAGCACCUGGUGCCAAGCGGCCUGCAGACGAAGAAGGCCAAGGUCAUUUAUGUUUCCAGGAAUCCAAAAGACGCAAUGGUGUCCUACUUUCACUUUACAAAGAUCAUCAAGAAUCUGGAGGACGCAGAACACUUCAACGAGAUGCUCGACAACUUCAUCAGUGGAAGGAUGAUGGGAGGCUGUUGGUUUGACCAUGUUAAAGGAUGGUACGCCAAUCAAGACAAGUACAACAUCCUAUUCCUCCACUAUGAAGACAUGAUCAAGGACCUGAGGUCUGUGGUCGUGCGUCUGUGUGAGUUUGUUGGCAAGAAUCUGCCAGACGCCGCCAUUGAUGCCAUCAUCGAGAAGGUGACCUUCAACAACAUGAAGCAAGAUGACAAGGCCAACUAUGAGUUCUUAACCAAACACAUCAAGGAUAGGAACAAGGGCCAGUUCAUGAGGAAAGGGACCAUCGGUGACUGGAAGAACGCCCUGACAGUGGCACAGAGUGAGCGCUUCGACAGAGUCUACAACGAAAGAAUGAAGGACCUGCAGCUGAACUUCACCUGGGACAUCCCAGAGGUCCAGCUGGGACAGGAAGGCCUCAACAGGCUUUGUUAAGGUGGCAUUCACCAACACUUCCAAAUAACACUCAAAGAGAUUCAGCAAAAAGGAAAAUGUUGACGCAUACAAACACAAUGGUGACAUUUAAUUCUGCAUGGGCAAGGGUAAUAAUAAUACAUGUUGUCAAUAAAAAAAU